GGGGGGGGGGUAAACACACACAGAAUCACAAGAAACAAUGUACCAACAAACCCGGCGAAACAAAAAUCAAGCAGGUGUAUUAGUUUUUCCGUAACUCGGCAUGCACCAAUGUAAAAAUUUCCGACUUCCGGGGAAGGUUAAUUUAAGUGGGUCAAGUUCAGGCGACAAGUGGGCUUAGUGACAUUCAUGGAGUGAUAUUGAAUAUUUACACUUUGACAAGCACGUCUCACCCGUGUCCUUUCCCAAACUCAAAGUCUAUGGUGCAUCAAGGUAUGCGGUGCUGCUCAGGCUACUGUCAAACUUUUGAUUAAUCGAGGUAUCAGUCCAGGCCCCUGUCAUAAAGUACUCUCAGUAUAUACAUCUUAAGAAGGAGUGAAGAAAAUGGACGUAAAUUGGAAAACGACGGAAACAGCAGGUGAAUGGUUUGCGAAACAAGAUAAGGACGAUUUAAGGAAACAAUUUUCGGAUAACGGGUAUGUGGUAGUGCACAACUUGUUGGACAACGAUUCUCUAGAAAUCUACCAAGAGAUAUACGAUAAGCUUCUUAGUGGAGAGAUAGAUGCCAGUAAACAUAGACACGACUUGGGAUCUCACGAAAAGCGGAAGGUGGUUGACCAGGAGAACGUGUGCCAGAUCAUGUGGCCCAGUGUGUAUUUGCCAGGGUUAGCGCAGGGCCCGCUGCACCAGAGAACCAAGGCCAUAGCUAACGUGAUCAUUGGGGAGGACGCCGAGUUCGACUUCGAUAUGUUGAUUGCAAAGAGCCCGCACACAGAGACGGGAACCCCGUGGCACCAGGACGAGUCCUACUGGCCCGACAUGCCGGACAAAAGGGCCGUUUCCUUCUGGUGUGCCAUGGACGACGCCACGGUGGAAAACGGCUGCAUGUGGUUCGUGUCGGGAUCCCACAAGAGGCCACUGAGAACACACCGCCCGGUUAAAGUGGGACACCAUAUAAGGAUGACCGACGACUGCAGCGAGGCAGAGGGCCAACCGCAGCCCAUCCCUGCCGGAUCUUGUACAGGGCAUCACGGGAGGACGCUUCACUACACCCGCGGAAACUCCACCGACAGGUGGCGCAGGGCGUUCAUCGUCAACUACAGGCCGAAGGACAUGGUAGCCUGGGAGAGAGAACAUAAUUUUGACCACGGCAAAGAGUCAAUGGAAAGUGCAAUUGAAGAAGUGCAUAAAUAAUCAGUGGAAUCAUAAGUCCGGGAUAAUAAUGUAAAGAAACAUUUUACCAAGGACAUUCACAUUUUGUCCCGUAUGUUACGA